GGGCUUAGUAGAGAAAACAGGCAGGAGGAUCCAAGCAAGCGAACGGCUAACGCCGAUAUUUCACCGAAUCGACGAAAGCGACGUCCGUUGAACUGAAAUAACUGAACCUAAUUCAAAGUAACAACGUCGAUACCUUAUGUUUACGUCUUGGCUAUUCAAUUAAACCAUGUCAACCCCAGCAAGACGGCGUCUGAUGAGAGAUUUUAAACGUCUCCAGGAGGAUCCACCAGCAGGAGUUAGCGGAGCCCCGUCGGAAAACAACAUCAUGGUCUGGAACGCUGUCAUUUUUGGCCCUGAAGGAACACCCUUUGAAGAUGGAACUUUCAAACUCACAAUAGAAUUUACAGAAGAAUAUCCAAAUAAACCUCCUACAGUCCGGUUUGUUUCGAAAAUGUUUCACCCUAAUGUUUAUGCAGAUGGUAGUAUAUGUUUGGACAUUCUUCAGAAUCGCUGGAGUCCAACAUAUGAUGUUUCUUCAAUUUUAACCUCAAUACAGUCUCUACUGGAUGAGCCGAACCCAAACAGCCCUGCCAACAGCCAGGCAGCUCAGCUGUAUCAGGAAAACAAGAGAGAGUAUGAGAAGCGUGUGUCGGCCAUUGUGGAACAGAGCUGGCGUGACUGUUGACCCUCCUUACAGUUCACAUACGAACAAUAGUCCGCCUCGCCAACAAGAGGAAAACCACCUUGCAAAGAAUAAAAUAAAACACAUCAUGUUUUGAAUCAUUCUCCACGUACUCGGUAGAAUUGUCUGUUCUGUAGCUGUUGCCAGAUUAGAGUGCUGUUGUGUUGUGGUCUCCCUCUUCAUGCAGAACCUUAUCCUGGAUAAGGAUAAACCUUAGUCUAACAAAAUAUUGUUGCUAGGGUUACUUGCUUUUAUUUGGCCUGCCCUCGUUUUUGUCAUCUUAUUUCUUUGGUUUUAUAAGUUGCUCCUACACUGUGGGCUGAUUUUGUUUUGGGUAUUAACAUGUUGGUUGCUGUUUUCAGUAUGAAUCCAAGUUUGAGUAACCUUGUUUGAAUUCAGAGAUCAAUUUGUGUCUCUGCAAAAAGUGUCAUACCGAAUGCCGCUUAACGUGUCGUUCCAAAUUAAACGGCGAGGACAUUAACGAUGGAUGAUGUAUUGUCUUGUAUGGAAAGCCUAGAUGUUCCAGAAACAUGCCUUUAUAACUGCACUUGGAAAACCUGAUGUUUUAAAACCAGUUUGAAAAUGUUGGAAACGGCCCUUUUUUAUCAAGUGCAAGUGGUUUGUUCUUUUAAUAAAGCAGUUCAUACUGUUGUUUAGGGUAUUGCCUAUUGACACUGUGUGCUAGUUUGUCAGCAGUAAUUGUUUGAAAGUACACAGUGAUUAAGAAUAUUACAAGUUGGCAUUGAGCGUGUGUUGCUUUUUUCUGUGUUCACUACUUUGUGUCUGUUGCACCCCAGAUGCAUGGUUAUUUUGCUCGUUUUCUUAAGUUCCAUUAAAGUGCCGUUUUUCACAUUAAAUUGCUUCUCCAACCAUGUGGAUGUGAUGCUGUCAUGCAGUAUCCAUUUAAGCUAAUCUUCAUUUUUCUAAUUUACCAAGAGUGUCGGAUUUGCACUAGUAGCCCAUGUAAGAAACUGUACAUUUUCUCACUUCUUGUAAAUAAACAGUAAAAUGAA